GGUCGUUUCCUGUACUGUGUCCGCAGUCUCUGGUCAUCCCCUGUCCUAUGUCUGCAGUCUCUGGUCAUCUCCUAUACUGUGUCCACAGUCUCUGGUCAUCUCCUGUACUAUGUCCUUAGUCUCUGGUCAUCUCCUGUACUGUGUCCACAGUCUCUGGUCAUCUCCUGUACUAUGUCCGCAGUCUCUGGUCAUCUCCUGUACUAUGUCUGCAGUCUCUGGUUAUCUCCUGUACUAUGUCCUCAGUCUCUGGUCAUCUCCUGUACUAUGUCCGCAGUCUCUGGUCAUUUCCUGUACUGUGUCCGCAGUCUCUGGUCAUCCCCUGUCCUAUGUCUGCAGUCUCUGGUCAUCUCCUAUACUGUGUCCGCAGUCUCUGGUCAUCUCCUGUACUAUGUCCUUAGUCUCUGGUCAUCUCCUGUACUAUGUCCGCAGUCUCUGGUCAUCUCCUGUACUAUGUCCUUAGUCUCUGGUCAUCUCCUGUACUAUGUCCGCAGUCUCUGGCCAUCUCCUGUACUGUGUCCGCAGUCUCUGGUCAUCUCCUGUAGUAUGUCCACAGUCUCUGGUCAUUUCCUGUACUAUGUCCGCAGUCUCUUAUCAUCUCCUGUACUAUGUCUGUAGUCUUGGUUCAGAAUACUUUUUUUCUUGUUUUCCUCCUCUAA